AUGGCCCUUCGUUGCCUUCCCUCCAGGACGAUCGUCCCACGCCCAUCGGCUUUUAUAUCAAACAUCACCAACCUCACUUGCGCCUCAACACAUUUCCGCCGCUCUUUCAUCUCUCUUCCCUCCUCCGAACCCCAAAGGCUAACCGCCCAUCGUACUCUACCAUAUCCCUCUGAACCGCUCUACGAUCUCAUUGCCGACGUCGACUCCUACUCUUCUUUCGUCCCAUACUGCUCCCGCUCUCGAGUAACCCGAUGGUCCGAUCCUGACCCCGCUACCGGUCAGCGGUACCCCACACUCGCCGAUCUACAUGUUGGCUGGGGAGGGUUCGACGAGGUUUUCACAAGUCGACUACGAUGUGUGCCAGGCCAGUCCGUCGAAGCUGUUAGUGGAGAGACUGUUCCAGGCGGUACCGGUCCUGAUGCGUCGGCUGUCUUCCGGAGCCUAGUGACACGCUGGUCCGUCAGGCAAAUUGCUGGGCCUCCUUCACCUCGCACUGAAGUUCAUCUUGCCAUCGAUUUCCAGUUCACAAAUCCCCUCUAUGCUGCCGUGAGUGCAGCAGUGUCUGAUAAGAUAGCAGGCCUGAUGAUAGAAGCUUUCGAAAAGCGAGCGUUUGAAAAGCUCAACUCAAACCGAAAACUUUAG